AUGAAAGGAAAGGGGCCAAUAAAAAUUGUACUGUUCGGCGCGCCUGGGGUAGGAAAGGGCACCUUCGCGGAAAUCCUGUCCAAGAAAGAAAAUCUGAAACACAUAAAUAUGGGAAAUAUACUGAGGGAAGAAAUAAAAAGAAAGACUACCAUAGGAAAAGAAAUUGAUAAAGUAGUAACAAGUGGAAACCUAGUCGGAGAUGACUUGAUCAUAAGAAUAGUGAAGGAUGAAAUAGCCAAGGUAACAAUACAGAAGGAUUGCUACUUUAAGGGGUUCAUUUUGGAUGGAUUUCCACGUAACCUAUUUCAGUGUAACGAGCUAGCCAAAAUUACAAACAUUGAUCUGUUCAUAAAUAUAUACAUGCCUAGGCAUAUCCUCAUUAAAAAAAUUAUGGGGAGGAGAAUUUGCAAUGACUGCAACAGAAAUUUUAACGUUGUCCAUAUCCGGGAGGAUUCUUAUGAUAUGCUUCCUAUUUUGCCACCCCAGGAUUGUGAAACAUGUAAAGGUAAUCCAAAAUUACAGACGAGGAGUGAUGACAGUGAAGAAAUUGUUGCCCACCGAUUGAAUACGUAUGAAUUAACCAACUCCCCUCUCAUUAAUUUUUUUAAAAAUUCAAACUGUAACUUCGUCGACUUUGAGAUAAAGCGUGGGUUGCAGGACUUCGACAGCUUUUAUCGAAUAGUUUCGCAGAACCUUUAG